GAGGGAAGUGGUUCUGGGCAGGGAGCGGCGGCCUGUCACACACUGACACCGAGAUACCGAUCCGACCCCUCCCUGCUGUCCCCCGCCAGGUGCCGCCAUGAUCCUGCUGGAGGUGAAUAACCGGAUCAUAGAGGAGACCCUCAACCUCAAGUUUGAAAAUGCGGCUGCAGGGAACAAGCCGGAGGCGGUGGAAAUGACCUUUGCAGAUUUUGAUGGUGUCCUGUAUCAUGUGGGGAACCCAAAUGGAGACAAAGGGAAAGUCAUGGUCAGUAUUUCCCUCAAGUUCUACAAAGAGCUGCAGGAACACGGAGCUGACGAGAUUCUGAAGAAGGUUUAUGGCAAUUAUCUUGUGGCCCCAGAGCCUGGUUACAAUGUGUCUUUGCUUUAUGACCUGGAGGUUCUGCCUUCCAACAAGGACUCCGUCGUCCACCAGGCCGGCAUGCUGAAGCGCAACUGCUUUGCCUCCGUCUUCGAGAAGUACUUCAAGUUCCAGGAGGAGGGAAAGGACGGAGAGAGGAGAGCCGUGAUCCACUACAGGGACGAUGAAACCAUGUACGUAGAAGCAAAGAAGGACAGGGUGACAGUUGUGUUCAGCACGGUGUUUAAAGAUGACGAUGAUGUGGUGAUCGGGAAGGUUUUCAUGCAGGAGUUCAAGGAAGGGCGGCGUGCCAGUCACACAGCUCCUCAGGUGCUUUUCAGCCACCGGGAGCCGCCCCUUGAGCUGAAGGACACGGAUGCAGCGGUCGGGGACAACAUUGGAUAUAUCACCUUUGUGCUCUUUCCUCGUCACACCAACGCCAACACGAGAGACAACACCAUCAAUCUUAUCCACACAUUCCGCGAUUACUUGCACUAUCAUAUCAAAUGUUCCAAGGCGUACAUCCACACUCGCAUGAGGGCAAAAACAUCCGACUUCCUUAAGGUUCUGAACCGCGCCCGCCCAGACGCAGAGAAGAAAGAAAUGAAAACUAUAACGGGCAAAACAUUUGCCCGCUGAUCCCCGGCACCCAGGCCACGGGCAGACUGGUGAUCUGGUUGGUAUCUGCUCUCCCCUGGCACAGAACAAUGCAGGAUGGAUCCAGUAUGUUGUGCAUUGGAGGUGCAAGUCUGUUAAUUCCAAUGUAUUUGAAUCUGUGCUUUUUGCCAAGACAGAAAAAAAAAACGGUAAAAAAAAAACUCAGUGUCAUUGCCACUGUUUAACCCCGCCCCCUUCCUCUCAUGUUUUGCUUCUGAAUCUCCCUGUUUUGUUACUGCGAGUCCAGAAUCCUGAUGCGAGCGUCACGUGGAUGAACUGAACAGUUAUAUGAUCAUGUGUUUUUGGAAUUGUUGAUAAUAAAUCUUUCUACCCUAA